CUUUUGUGUCAUUUCAGGAUUGCUUUCAGGUUUUCAAACUCAGUAAAAGGAAAAACUGAAAAUGAAGCCAAGGAGCUGAGUAGAAAUGUCAGGGAGAUGAGAUAGAGAUGCUGUGUAGAGGGAGAAAGGACUGGGAGAUCCACCCACUCUUCGGAGGCGCUGAUGUGCUUAGUGAAAUUUCUUGCAACUAUUUACUUUCUUUAAUAUAUCACAGUGAAAAAAAUCAUCCUGUGGAAGAAGAGCUUAAACAAUUCUGCCAAAAACUUCACAACAAAGUCUUCAAGUUUCCAAAAUAUGAUGGAAAAUAUUCUUCGGGACAAGGCUGCUGGGAUCAGAAGAAGCAAGGAAAGAGAGCGCAGCAAACGGCUCUCCCUUCCCACACCGCAUUAUCUGCAGAGCGGGUGCGAACCACUGCCGGGCUCUGCUACCAUGGCGCAGGUGCAGCUCAAAGCCUGGCUGAUCCUGUAUGCAUUUGCUGGAUUCCAGAGGCUGACAGAUGAGCAUCUUUACAGCAGGGAUGGUGCCGGGGCGAACGUACAUCAUCGCCGGCCGGAGGACGCCGCCGUGCUGUUAGAGAUGCUCUGGGCAGGGCUGCACAUUGAGGCCAACACGACAGUGCGGCUGCAGGACGAAGAGCUGGCCUCCCUGCGCCCAGCGCGGCGGUUCCUCCAGAUUUUAGAGAAUGAAGUUCCCAGAACACCAACAGAGAUUGAGCAGCAACUGAAAUAUUACUCACUGACUGAUACCCCUUUACCUGUGAUGGAGUUUGACCGUCUCCUUUUCACCAGUGUUUACUGUGCCUACCAGAUUCGAUCCAUUCAAGGUCUGGAUAAAAAUCUCUGGAUCACUCUUUUUUCUCAGCUAGUUGAUGAAAUCUUUCGUGAUCUCUGCAAGGGGUUUUGCCCUGCAAAUUCCACCCUCCUCUUGGCUUCCUGGCCCUGGAAGGAGAAGCCGCUACAUUUAGCAUCGCUAAAGCAGUUCUAUCGUUCCAACCUGGCCAGGACCAAGAGAGACACUUACUAGGAGAAACUGCUCUAGCAAAGGACACGUCUGAGUUCAGCUGCAAGCUCAGUUGUUUUCAAUGCUAGCAAUCAUCCCACACGAUGCAGGCCGCUGUGCAAGUGCACCAGCCCUUCCUGGUACUGCUUUCUGCAUUAUGCUGCCAACCUUCUAGGGAUUUAUGCACGGGCUUUCAUUUCUAAACUAAAUAGGACAAAGCUGCAAAGUGUAUUUCACCCUUUCAUCUGUGCUGUUGAAGUGAGGCUGGGUUCUUUAGAAGUGUUACCCAGCUCGAUCCCUGACGCUUACAAGGGGGAUGUCCUGGCAUCGUUUUCUCCAGGGUGUUAGCACUGGUGUACCGGCUGAAUUCAUCCUCCAUAAUUCAAGUUUGCCUCCUCAUAAUCAGCCUGUGGUUUCAGCUGAUUGCAGUAUUUUUUCUUCUCUCCAGGAAGCAACUCAGUAGAUGCUGGUGUGUUUCACCACAAAGAUGACAUAUUUUAUUUCAGAUUUCUGCUCAUGUGACAUCACAUUUUAUGCACCUACAGUAAUUUCCCAUAUUGUGUAUUCACUUUCCUUAACAAAAACCAAACAACUCCCCUCCCCAAAUGUAUGUAUUCUGUAAAGCUUUCUGGUAGACAUAUAUAACAUUCACAUAUAUCUACUGCUUUGUAUCAGUUAUAAGUUUGGGGCACACUUCCUUAUGUCUCAUUUAAAUUCCUAAGGAUCAUGACCUAGUUAUUGCAACUUCAGAUUUUACCUCUUCUCUGAAGUCUUUUUGUACAGCUAUGGCACUUUACAAGCCAAGUAUAAUAAAUAUACAAUAUCUAUCCUCAAAAA